AUGCCGCGCCUCCCAGCGAUCUUCCGACUGCCCUCGAAGCUCCGCCGCCGGGCGCGACGCCGCAGGAUGACGACGCUGCUCACGCUGCUGGCCAUCCUGCUGCUGGUCGCCGUGCCCUUCUACGUCAUCUACAAGCCGCCGCGGGCCCUGAUCGGUUAUUUCUCGCGCCGCUGGCCCGACGUGCUGUGGGAGGUGCAGACGGACCGCAAAGUGGUGGCGCUGACCAUCGACGACGCGCCAUCGGAGCACACCGAGGAGAUCCUGGGCGUGCUGAACGGCUACGAGGCGACGGCGACCUUCUUCGUCAUCGGCGGCCAGGUCGCGGGGCGCGAGGAGAUGCUGGCCGACAUCGUGCGCAGCGGCAGCGAGCUGGGCAAUCACGCCAUGCACGACGAGCCGUCGCGCGCCCUGUCCGACGACGAGCUGACCCUGCAGAUCGACAAGGUCCGCGACAAGAUCCGCAAGGCCUACGAGACAGGCGAGCGCGCCAUGCCGCCGCAGUACUUCCGCCCCGGCUCGGGCUUCUUCAGCGACCGCAUGCGCAGGCUCGCCGACAAGCUGGGCUACCGCCUAGUGCUGGGCAGCAUCUACCCGCACGACCCGCAGAUCAACUGGCCGUGGAUCAACGCCAGGCAUGUACUGAGCAUGGUCCGGCCCGGCGGUAUUAUAAUAUGUCACGACCGGAGGGGCUGGACCGCCCCGAUGCUGCGGACGGUCCUGAAGCAACUGAAGAAGGAUGGAUAUCGGGUCGUCAGUCUGACGGAACUGCUGAAGGAGACGCAACAAUGA